GUUACAGCAAUGACAUAAAUGUUCAAGAAAGUGCUUGAAUUCCCCACAGACUGCCAAACGGAACAGGGGAGCAGGUGGUCUUGGGUCUUCAUGAAUGCUGUUGGGGCUCCCUGGCCCUCUUCCAUAUCAGAAGAAAUCAGGAUGACCAAGGCAUCAUUGGGCACCUCUACAAAAGGAUGUUUACCUCUCAGGAUCAAGGUACUUGAUCUUCACAGUAACAGAAUAGAGAGCAUCCCUAAAGAUGUCACCUGUCUGGAAGCUUUGCAAGAACUCAAUGUUGCUUUCAAUUCUAUAAUCGACCUGCCCGGGUGUGGCACCUUUAGCAGCCUUUCUGUACUGAUCGUUGACCAUAAUUCGGUUUCCCAGCCAUCAGCUGAUUUCUUCCAGAGCUGCCAGAAGAUCACGUCAAUAAAAGCAGGGAACAAUCCAUUCCAAUGUACCUGUGAGCUACGAGAAUUUGUCAAAAAUAUAGGCCAAGUAUCAAGUGAAGUGGUAGAGGGCUGGCCUGAUUCUUAUAAGUGUGACUACCCAGAAAGCUAUAAAGGGACCCCCCUAAAAGACUUUCACAUGUCUCCAUUAUCCUGCAACACGGCUCUGCUGAUGGUCACCAUUGGGGCCAUCACGCUGGUGUUGGCUGUUACUGUGACCUUCCUCUGCAUCUACCUGGAUCUGCCCUGGUAUCUCAGGAUGGCGUGCCAGUGGACCCAGACCCGGCACAGGGCUCAGAACAUGCCCUUAGAGGAACUCCAAAGAACUCUCCAGUUCCAUGCUUUUAUUUCUUAUAGUGAACAUGAUUCUGCUUGGGUGAAGAAUGAAUUGGUACCUUGCCUAGAAAAAGAAGAUAUACGGAUUUGCCUCCAUGAGAGAAACUUUGUUCCUGGCAAGAGCAUUGUGGAAAACAUCAUAAACUGCAUUGAGAAGAGUUACAAGUCCAUCUUUGUUUUGUCUCCCCACUUUGUCCAGAGUGAGUGGUGCCAUUAUGAACUCUACUUUGCCCACCACAAUCUCUUCCACAAAGGAUCUGAUAACUUAAUUCUGAUCCUGCUGGAGCCCAUUCCACAAUACUCCAUUCCUAGCAGCUAUCACAAGCUCAAAGCUCUCAUGGCACGGAGGACUUAUUUGGAAUGGCCCAAGGAGAAGAGCAAACAUGGACUUUUCUGGGCUAACCUAAGAGCAGCCAUUAAUAUUAAGUUGAUGGAGCAACCAAAAGAAAUAAGUCACAUGCAGAGCUAAAAAUAUUUCUCCUUCCCACUCCAAAAUAUGCCAAAAUAAAACAAAAUUUCUUGUUGUCAAUGUUGCUGCUUUUGGAAGUUCCAACAAUGACUUUAUUUUUCAUCAACACAAAUAUAAACACAAUUUUGAGUUUAUGAUGUAGAUGAAAAUAUGUGCCUUCUUUCAGGUCCCAGUUCACCAUUUAUACAUGGUGAUAAAACUUAAUGAAAUGAUGUAAUUUUGAUUUAAACAGUUAAUUUCUGACACAUGAAGGAUUCACCUGUUUCUUUGCUGUGACUGAAUUCACUGAAUUUGUCAUGAAGUCAAGAGAAGCACUUGUUUCUCUUCAGUGAUGUAUGUUCGUGGGUUCCAGGGUCAAUAUUAGAAAACUUCAUGACUUUCACUCCUAUAGCUGGGCUUCUACGGGAGAUUUAUGUAGCUCUUGGUGUGUUGAGCCUAAGAAUACUGAUUUAUAGAAAUGCCCCCUGUAUUUUUAGAGACAGAGAUGAUUUCAGAAGUCAAAUA